AUGAUCGUGUCGCGCAAUGCCUACCGUCUCGUCGCUAUCGUCUACGGCUGCAUAGUCAUCUACAUAUCCGCGCCCUACCUUUACCGAUUCGGGGACCAUGUGAGACAGACGAACCCAUUUUCGGGUCAGAAAUGGAUCGAGCAAGCCUUCGUCCCGACCGAAGCCGAGCUGGCAUGCCUCAACGGCCAGUCUUCCUCGUUUGAACACCAUCACAACCACCAUACCACCGACGAUUCCGAACCAAUACCAAACAUUGUCCACUUCAACUACGGGCUGAAGAACCCACUGUACAACCCGGGUGCAGGUCACUUUGAUUUCCUCAGCUACCUCGCAGUCAGGUCAGCCAUCGUAUCUCUCAAACCGGACGCUGUAUAUCUUCAUUAUACCUACCUCUCCGAACCACCCUCGCCGGACCCCAACGCCGACCCAUUAACCAAUCCUUGGAUUCGUCGGUUGUCAAAAGACAUCACGUUAAUCCACCAUCCACCCACCUCCUCAUCCGACCACUACGCUCACGUCUCGGACACAUUGCGCCUCAAAGCCCUCCUGACAGACGGAGGCAUCUACCUCGACAUCGACGCCUUUGCCCUCCGUCCCUUUGACCACAUCCUCGCCAACCCCUCGCCCCAUGAUGUAAUCCUGGGCGCAGAAGGCGGAAACCGCUGGGGUCUCUGCAACGCCGUCAUCGCCGCCCGGCCCAACUCGACUUUCCUCACCAGGUGGCUAGAAUCCUAUAACAACACCGACCUCUCCAAGGAAUGGAAUUACCACUCUGUGAUUCUGCCAAAGGAGCUCGCCGAGGAGCACCCAAGCGAGGUUUGCGCCCUGGCGCCCGAUGCGUUUUUCUGGCCGACAUGGACGUGGAGGCAUAUUGACUGGAUGCAUGAGAGGUUGGACAAGGAAAAGGCAAAGUACUGGGAGGGCGAGAUUGAGAGGCAUGGGGGCAGCUUGUUUACGAACCAGCUGGCGUAUCAUGCCUGGAGUCAGAUGGCCUGGGAGAGGUAUUUGAGGGAGUUGACGCCCGAGGUGGUGCGGGGCAGGGAUACGAGGUUUAAUUUGUUGAUGAGGAGGUUUUUGGAGGAUGAUUUAUGA